UUCCCGGAUGGUUUUUUAAAAAAAGAAUUCUAACGUUCAUUUUCAAUUAAUAACAGUUGCAUUUUUAGUUAUAUAUAAGUUUUUAUGAAAAUCGCGGAACAAAAGUGACUGCAGCCGGGUUGCCGUCUUAAUAUCGCGUAGGCAUUGACUCGAAGCGUUGUGUUUUGAGAUUAUCGGAUUUUAUUUUAAGUUUAACCAGUAACCACUUUAAAACUUUGAGAACCGUUUAUUAAACUUUGCUGGCCCUCUCUCGUUCAGAAAAAAGUCAGCGUGGUUUUUUUUUUAAAGUUCGACCCCAAAGUAAAAGUGCUUAGGUCCGGGAAAGGCUGAUAUCGCGAGGACGGAAGUCGGUAAAACCCGGAUGGUCGUUUUAAAGGAUAUGGAUUUUAUAAGAAACGAUUCUGCUUGAGUGUAAAACUAAGGAACGAUGUGGCACGAAGUCAGAAAACAGGAGAGGAAGAUAAGAUGCAUGAUUGUAGACUACAAAAGAAGAGCCGAAAGGAGGAAGGAUUACUACGAAAAAAUUAAAGCUGAUCCCACCCAGUUCCUCCAAAUCCAUGGAAGGCCGUGCAAGAUCCACCUGGAUCCAGCGGUAGCCAUGGCUGGUGACAGCCCGUUAAACAUGAUGCCAUGGCAAGGUAGCCCUGAUGUUAUAAUCGACCGAUUCGAUGUGAGGGCACACCUCGACUACAUCCCCGACACGCCGAAGGAGCCAGAGGGCAGACUGUCAUACGAAGACAGACACAUAAACUAUGAAAGAUAUCGAAUUUUAGUCCAAAAUGACUUCCUUGGAGUUGGGGAAGAAAAGUUCCUACACCAGUUGCAUCUAGAAGAGCAGUUCGGUGCGGUUUCACGCUCAUCGGAUGUGCCAAUCGAAGGUAAAAAGAAAGUACCAGGGGCGGCGAUCGGCUUCAAUUAUGACGACCCAAGUGCACCCCCUUCCUCGUACGUCCCAGAACAAAAGGAAAACGAGGAAGAAGAAGAAGAUAGUGACAUUGAUUUUGAUGUAUGUAUGGAUGUCAAUAAAGUCUCGACACAACAAGCCCAUGAACUGAACACAUCAGCCCAACCUUACGGGAUGGAAGGAAACGAUUUUUUCAGUUUCCUCACCAAAGACAGGGAAGAAGCUGACAAUUUGAAACUGGUGAAAGAACUUGAAGAAGAAAAGGCUAUGUACUCUGGUAGGAAAUCAAGGAGAGAGAGACGAGCCUACAGGGAAAAGAAACUAGCCGGAAGAGUGAUCAGCCCUCCAAGUUAUGCAUCCAGAAAAAGCCCUACGUACCGUGAUUACAGAGAUAGUAAAUCCAAUUCAAGGUCUCGAUCACCUUCGCCGAUGAACUCGGGGAAAAUUACUUAUAUUACUAGUUUUGGCGGUGAAGAGUCCAGUGGUACUCAGAUCAGCCCGAAUCCAAGAAGUGCCUUUGAUUCUCAUCAAAGCUCUAGGCGCAGGUCAAGAAGCAGUUCUGUUGGAAGGUAUCACAGCAGAAGGCGAUCUCGGUCGCGAAGUCAUUCAAGAACAAGGUCACGAUAUGGAUCGUCUUCAAAACACAGUUUGUCUAAAACAAAAUGGUCCACAAAUCAUUCUUCUUGGCAAUCUCGAAGUAGGAGCAGAUCAGUGUCAAGAGACAGAAGUCCUCCAAGGCACUAUCCUGUUAACAAGUCAAAAAGCCGAUCGCCACCAAAGCCUUCAAAACCCAUACAGCCUAAUUUUGAACCUCUUGUGAAACAACCACCAGCUCCGAUUAUUUCCAGGUAUUAUGGAAGACGAGGAGCAUCUUCAUCCUCUGAGCUGUCUGUUUCGGAUGAUGAAUCGAUGAUGACUACGCCGAAGAAGGAAAGUUCAACAAGUGUUUCCAAUCAGUUUGAAAAGAAAUCUGGUGCCGUUUUUGGUAAUACGAGUAGCAGAAACAAAGCUGUUGCUUCGUCGUCCUCUUCUGGGCCAAAGAUCACACCGCAGGAACGGCUGAAGAAGAAGAUGCAAGCAUUACUCAAUAAGCAAUACAAAGCUGAUAAAAGAGCUGAAAGGGAAAAGCAAGAGAAGGUUGAACAAGAACGCCUUGAUAGGGAAGAUGAAAUGAGGGAGAUUUCCAUAAAACUGAGGAAAAGAGAGAGAAUGAGAAGGCAUGAGUAUCUUGCUGAAUGCGACAGGCAGAAAUCGUCGUCGUCUUCGAGAUCUAGGAGUAGGUCGCGAAGUCGUAGUCAUUCACCAAGAUGCCAUGAACGAAGAAGAAGAUCAAGGUCAAAAUCGCAUUCACCCAGGUCAUAUCAAUCCAGAUCGCAUUCGACCAGUCCCACUUACUCACCCAGCCAUGCUUAUAGGCCACUGGUUGAUUACUGACUGGGAAAUUACAGACAAUGAAUUAACAAUCAUUUAUUUGUACGAAAGAGGCUACAUAUAUAAUUUGUAAAAUUAAACUAAUAACUUUUUAAACUUUCUGAUGUUUG